CGCGCGCACUGAUCCCGUCGCACUUCGCUGCGUUUUAUCGCGGCUUCUCUGUCCCGUCUCUGGGCAGGGGCAUAGCUGAAGAGGGUGCCUUACGACGGGCUGCAUACCGUCGUUCUAGGUGACUUGCGAUCAAUGGCCACCGCUCAUCUACGAGGAGAAGUAUAAAUACGGUUACUCAGGGUGGAGAGAGAUGUAUCCUCCCCCAUAUUUCAUCUUUUGACAAUGCUUUCCUCUGCUUUCGCUGCCCUUGCCCUCUUCACCGCUGCUGCCCAGGCUGGCAAGCGUGGUCUCGCCUGGCCCUACUACAACGGCGCUCUUGACCCCGGCGUGUUCAACAACGGCGAUGGUGAGGUCGUCGCUAUCUACGACUACGAGACCUACGCCCCUCCCUCUACCAACGGAAACGGUGGCCUCGGCUUCAUCGGCAUGCAGCGCUGCACGGACUGCGACUCUUCCCCCGUCGCCCAACUCGCCUCCCGCCAGCAGCAGCAGGGCUGGGCCACCGUCUUCUCGCUCAACGAGCCCGACAACAACGGCAUCUCGCCGUCGCAGGCUGCGUCCUGGUACCAGCAGUACAUCAACCCGCUGCAGAUCAAGAAGGCGCUCCCCGCCGUCACGUCGAGCUCGAACGCGGGCCAGGGCCUCGACUGGCUCUCGCAGAUGAUCAGCGCGUGCGGCGGCAACUGCUACUACGACUACAUCAACCUGCACUGGUACGGCCCCGACUUCCCCACGUUCCAGAACUACGUCGAGUCGGCGCACAACCGCUUCCCUAACACUCAAAUCGUCAUCACCGAAUUCGCGCUGCAGAACCCCUCCGGCGGGCAGGGAGCCCAGGUCGACUUCUUCAAGCAGGCCUUCUCGUUCCUCGACGGCGCGAGCUACGUCCAGCUCUACUUCCCCUUCGUCGCCACCUCGCCCGCGCUCUUCCAGCAGAACGAUGCCGCCGGCGCCGGCUACGUCGGCACCGGCUCGUGCCUGUACAACAACGACGGCUCGCCGUCUGCCGCUGGCAACCUCAUGUACUAGGCGCCGUGUCGUCGUGGUGUAGGGAUGUAAAGAAGGUUGCUGGUUAACUUAUUCCUUUUGGGUACAUAGAUGGACUGUGUAUAUUGCGUGCACUUGGGUUAUAAAUAAUGGGAUGACAAUGUACACCACAACCUCCGCGAGAAGCCAGACCACGAUGCGACGGGUGAGUGACAUCGAAUGAGCCAGAUGUACUUGACUGCGACAGAGGAGGGUCAUGACGUCGGCGCCGCCCGGCUGCGGUCAGCAUCAUCGACCGCGACAUUAUCUUCGAGCCACUUGCGCACGUCCUUCUUGUUCAGCAUGCCCGCGACCCUGAUGCGGUCCGCGAGAGGCCGCGGGCGGUACAGCCGCAUGAUGUACCCGCAGACGGUCCACACGUCGUCCCAGGGCGCGUCGAAGAGGUCCCACCAGCACACCGGCGGCUCUGACGGGAGCGCGAUGCCGAGGUGGCGCGCGGCGAGGAGGAUCGCGGCGCUGACGAUCGUCGGGAUGGCGUAGAGCGCGUACACCGGGGUCUGCAGCCUAAGGAAAUGGAAGAAAUGCGAGCAUCCCUGUAUCAUUUUCAGCGAGCUGAGCACGGCGAACCACGUACGCGUCGUUGAGAUACCCCCACGCCUUUUCGCACGCGCGCUCGUGGCCCGUGAGACCGAGCACGCGGAGGUAGUUGAUGAGGGUGCCGUACGGGAGGACGACGGCGACGUUGAACCCGAGGCGCUUGAGGAUCUGCAUCUCGGCGACAACGACGGCGUCCUUGAGGUCGUAGAACGUGUUGCCGAAGUAGGACAUGGGCGCGUACGCGAACCCCGCGCCGGGGUCGAGGCAGCCGGGCGCGAAGGCGUGCGUGAGCUGGUGCGCGGUGCGCUGCAGGAGGAGGUCGUAGACGUUGAUGAGGUCGCGCAUCCGCAGCGAGCACUCUUCGAGCUUCGAGGCGAGGUAGAGGGCGCCCAUGGAGACGUCACCGAUGCUGAACUGCUUCAUGGAGGUGACGAACCAGAAGCGCUGGAAGAGGAUCUGGGCGGUGGCGACUGCGACCUGUUUCCUGCAGCUUGAGCUGUCAUAUCGGAGUGUCUUUUGUGAGAGCUCGACACGCACUGUUUGAGCAGGAUGCCAGCUUCGUGUAUCAGCUUGCAGCCGUACGCGCG